CAGCGAGAUUAAAGGGACAUCGCCUCAGAGAGACCCAGAAGAAAACAAAGAGUCGCAGUCUUUCCUUCUCUGGGACCAUUUCCCCGAUUAGCAGAACUGUGCAACCAGGGAGCAAAACCCUAGAAUAGUCAUCAACAUCAAAAGGAGAUCUUCCCGACACGUUUUCCCACUGUUCAUCGUCACACUUUAAAGGCGACGUUAGGUAUAAUUUCCCCAGAUGGCUCUCAUGAGGUCAGGAUGGCUUUGGAGACAAAGUUCUGUGCUCCGGCGCUGGAAGAAAAACUGGUUCGACUUGUGGGUGGACGGAAACCUGCUGUAUUAUGAAGACGAGAGCCGGAGAGACUAUGAGAACAGGGUCCGCUUAAAGCAUAAAUGUGUCGCUGUUAAGGCUGGACUUGAAUGUGCAGGUGUGGACCCUCCGGAGGGCAGGCCAAGGGAAUGCCUGGUACUGGUCUACCUGAAGGAUGGCUCCAGACUGGCGCUGUGUGCUGACAGCGAAGACGAGGCGCUAGCAUGGAAGCUGGCGCUGCUGGAAGCCAGGAGAAAUCCGGUGUACACUUAUGAUCCUUAUGAUGACUCUUAUCACACCGUCCCUCUGGACAGUCACAAUGCUGUCUACAUCAGCCCUGCAUACCCAGGAUAUGGCUAUGGAGGCCCUCAGCACGUGCUGGUUCACAGCGACCCCUGUGAAGGCGUUGGGACGCAGGUGGCUCUGGGGCUGCUGGCUGGCAUGGCCACCGGGGCGGCGCUGCGCUCUCUGAUGUGGAUGCCCUUCUGGUUCUGUUGAGGAGAUCGUCAUGGCGAGGGGCUACAGUAAAGCACCUUCACUGGCCAGCUACGUCUACUACAUCCCCACCCAAAGGCUGUCAGGGCUGUUAAAAACUGUUAGAUCACAACAAAAGGGACAUUUUUAACUAAGAAAACCAUGAGUUAGGAAACACUGGAACACAGAGCAGCUUCUACCAAAGCUUCGUAGUUGUGAGAUGAGGAAGAAUGUCUUUUUGUGGUGUUAAACAAUGAUAUCCUUGUGAGGUUGUUUUCAGAACCUGGAAACAGUUUGACUUCCUUUGUAAAGGUUUACAGUGAACUCAUAAUUAAGCACGGACAAGCAUGAUAAAGCAUGAAACAACCAAAAAAUGAUGGGAAAACUAUAAACAUAUUCUGCCAGAUAAAUCAGAUUUCUAAAUGAGAGGCAUUUAAAGCACAACAAAAAAGUAUUUGAACCAAACCUCUUGUGCUACACUCACAAUUAUUGGGCUACAGUUUCAUUACUUUAAAUUUUAAUAAUAAUAAUUUGAAUAAAGACAAUAAAUAUUUCUAAAGACUCCGAUAUACUGUUUACAAAAUUAUAUGAUGGAUUUAAACAAAUGCAAAAAUUGUGCUUAUUAAAGCAGGGAGAAGCCAUAUGUACUGUAUAUUUGCAAUAAUUUCUAUAUUGUGAGUUUCACAGCAAAGCAUUAUUACAAUAAAGGCUAUC